AUGGCAAACAAUAGCAGCAACAACAACAACAACAACAACGACGACAAUGAUCUCUUUGAAUCUGCUUUAAACGUCGAAAACUCGGCUUAUGAAGAAGGCUAUCAAGAGGGGAUAAGGGACGGCAGGGUAGCAGGGAUACAAGAAGGGUCCGAGUUUGGCAUUCAAACCGCUUUCCAACGGUAUAUAGCCUUAGGUGUGAUUCUUGGACGUGUAAAAGUUUGGGAUCUUGAGCUUGAAAUGAUUGAAGCCGGUAAUUACACAAAGUCCGACAAAGACCUACCAAAAGAUCAUGAUAAGAUUACCAAGGCGUUUGUGGAGCGCAACAAAGCCUCUCUUGCAAGUUUAAAAUCUCUUUUGAACCAGGACAAAUUACCCAUGACCAACAGUGAUGACGAUGUGGCCCGCCUUGAAGCAAUCAUUCGUAAAGCAAAAUCUAAGGCUAAGAUUAUCUCGUCGUCAUUUCGAAAAUUUAAAGCAGAAAUGUACGGCGCUGAAAAGGCAGAGCAAAUGGAACUGCCUCUUGAAUUUCAUGACGAACGGAUCGCUAAACUGUUAAAGCCGAUCGAUGAAGUUAUUGAAGAUUUCCGAAUAUAA